GCCGGGCAGUCGCGGGGAGGGGGAAGCCCGAGCGAGAGACCUGAGGCGAGCCGGAUUUAAGGAGUGGUGCCAGAGGGAGGUGUCUUUGCUGUUAACUGUUCCUCCUGUUGGACGCCCGGCGCUCCAGCUACCAUGCCCGUCAAAGGAGGCACCAAGUGCAUUAAGUAUCUGCUCUUCGGCUUCAACUUCAUUUUCUGGCUUGCAGGGACAGCAGUUCUUGCAAUUGGACUAUGGCUUCGGUUUGAUUCUCAGACUAAAAGCAUCUUUGAACUGGAAUCCAACAAUGCAACGUUUUACACAGGAGUUUACAUCCUUAUUGGAGCUGGUGCACUUAUGAUGCUGGUUGGCUUCUUGGGAUGCUGUGGUGCGUUGCAGGAAUCUCAAUGUAUGCUUGGCCUGUUCUUCUUAUUCCUUUUUGUGAUUUUUGCCCUUGAAAUUGCUGCUGCAAUCUGGGGAUUUGCAAAUAAAGAAAAGGUCAUUGAAGAAUUAAAGGACUUCUACAAGGAAACAUAUAUGAAGCGAUCUCAACCUGCUGCCAGAGAGACCCUGAAAGCAUUUCAGUUAGCUCUAGACUGCUGUGGUCUUACAGGAGGUCUGGAGCAGCAGUUUAUGGACACCUGUCCGAAGAAGAGCCUCCUUGAGUCUGUUACUGUAGCGUCAUGCCCUUCUGCCAUUGAUGAUGUCUUCAAUUCAAAAUUGAAUGUGAUCGGAGCAGUUGGCCUUGGCAUUGCUGUAAUAAUGAUCUUCGGCAUGAUAUUCAGUAUGGUUCUCUGCUGUGCUAUCCGCAGAAACAGAGAGAUGGUCUGAGCUAAAAACCCAAGAUGGCUGCACUAUAUAAAAAAAAAUCCUUGUCAUUAACUUUAGUGUUCUGAAAGCAUUUCUAAAAAGUUAUAUAUUUGUUACCUUUUUAAUGCUUUAUUUGGUACUGAUGUAGGUUUGCUUUGUAUGUUAUAGGUUAAAAUGAUAAAAGUAUAUCUAACUCAAGACAAAUAUUGUACAUAAAAUAUCUGACUUUCUUGAAACUUACAUAAUUUGGAUGUAAUUUAUGUUGGAGACAAUUUGAUACUUAAUAAAGAGUAAGAUGUAUUGUAUGCUUGUGCAGAAGAGGAGAUUUUUACUACGCUUAUUGACAUACUGUUUGAUGCACAGCAUGGAGUUAAACUUGCAUAACAAAUUCAGUGUUAAAUCAAUAGCGCUUUAAUAUAAAGCAGGAAAUAACUCCUAUGCCAAUUCCUUAUUUUAAGGGAAUUCCAAGGAAUGGAAAAUGACUGUCAGAGCAUGUUAGGGAGGAUGUCUCAGUUCUUCCUUCCAUUGGGCUCUGAACAAAAGCAGUUCAUAAUUAUGUUCCUAAAAUGUUACUACUGUAACACUUUGACCAUCAUCUUCAUAAAGGGUGGCAAAGGAUGACUGUCUAGUGGCAAUACACAGGCAGUGGUACGUUGAUGCAAAGAGGCUGGGUUCUACCCUGGAGCCAGCUGGGUUUCUAUCAGCCUGUCUGCUGACAUAACUCUGUCUGCUGGCAUCUGACAUGGCCUCAGUCCCUUGACAAGGCAGAUUCCUGUAGUGCAUGCUCAGGACUUUUCUCAGUGGCUGGCUUUGCUUUGUUUCUCCAAAGCCAGUGAAGUACAAUCAUGUGUGCCAAAUCUCAGGUUUCCAAUUGGGAAAAACGUAAGUUACAUGGGAAGUAACUGUACAGAGAUGUGGCUAUCCUGUUUCAGUUUAAAAAUAGAUAUGUGAGGGAGCAGAGAGAUUAGUGUGGAACCCUUAGCCUAAAGAAUUAACAAUUUGUCAUGUACUCUAAAUGGCUCUGUCUUCUCCACCUUCUGGUGGAGACUGCCUAUGGUUUAGAUCCUUGCCUCCUGUAUGUUAUGUUGUCCUGCUGUAGCAUCUCAGCUGUGUUCCUAGGAGCUUCUGGUCUCUGUCCCCUAGGCACUACAAACAUCUCUUAGACUUUUCUUGUUCCCACCCUUCUCUUGGAAGGAAGUUGGUGUUUAUUAUGAGAACAAUUCUAAUAUUUGAGGAUUAGUCCCUGAUUGUAGCUCUGAACUAAUGCAUGAAUGUGUUGCCUGCUAUUGUUAGACAUUGUUGCUUGUCUAAGGGGUUAUGCAAAGCAUACAGCUCUCCUCUGUAACUCGUUGCAUUAUUUGGUGUUCAUGGGGCCUUCAUGAAAAGAAAAAUAACCUGGAUUUCAAAAAAGUCAACUUGUAAUCAU